AUGUCGGGCGCAAACCCGUGGUUGGCGAGGCAGCGGAAGAGCGACCUCGUCGAGCUCGCCGAGCUGACUGGACUUACUGGGUACGAGAAUCAGAAAAAGGCCGACUUGGAAGUCACUCUUGAUGAAUAUCUCGCCGAGAACGCGACCCAGUUCUCCCACAACCCCAAGCUUGUACAAUACUACACGAGUCGCUCCAAGGCUGCCGGCUCACCCGUGAAGAGGGAGGCCCCCUUGACCGACCUCGUCAAGUCCACGCGCCGCAGGGCGACGAGAGCCAUCGAGGAGCUCCAGCCCGAGCCUGAACCCGAAAACGAAUCGUCAAGCCCGGAGCCCGCCCUCUCGACUGCACUGGCGACGCGAACUCCCGCCCGCAAUCUUUCUCUUGCGAGCCGCAUCCCUCUGCCUGCGACGCCCGCUGAUGUCGCGGAGGCCGUAGACCGUCACACUGUCGCCCUGCGCGAGCGCGCAACGGAACUCUACGACCAGUCUGGCAUUCAGAAGGGCACCAACGCUGUGCGCUCUUCUUUGUCGACCGUCACAUCGGUGCUGUUCACUGUGGCCGCGUUCGAGGCGUGGAACCUGAGAGCCGAAGUCCUGCCCCUCCGCUACGCCUUCACCAUCCCCGCGAUUCCGGCCCUGGGCACCAACUUCUAUCCCGUUUACGUGCCCGACGCGUUCCUGUUUGUGACGUCGUCUUUCUGGUCGCCCGUCACGCUGUGGACUCUCACUUCUGUCCUCAUUCCCUCCUUGUUCGGGUACUUUUACAACCUGAGCGCGGCGAGCCACCCCCAGCCCCGUGGUCGCAAGUCCUCGACCGUCGAGUACAACGUCGAUCCCUUGGUUUUCAGCAUCGUCAAGGCUCUGAUCUCGUUUGUUGUCUACGCCCAAAAAGUAAACUUUGGCGGCUGGAUCAACGAGAACUCCAUCGACCGUAUCAAUGGCGCCCUGUACGGAGAGUGGAAGGGCAUCUUGACCGGUGCCGCCAUCACCGGGCUUGUGAGCCUCUACGAUGCCGUGCUGAAGAAGUAG